AUGCCAAACUACUUGCGUCAGAAUACAGUCCAGAUCUCUGUCUCGGCUGCCAGAACUUUUGUUAUUCUGACAAAUACUUUGACUUUGCUUGUAGGAUUAAUUCUCGGUAGCAUUGGUAUAUACGGACUCUAUUCCCCAGAUGUUCGUCUUUAUUCGAGUGCAAUACCACUGGCGACAAUUAUCAUUGGAUUACUGGUGUUUAUCAUUUCGAUUAUUGGAUGUUGCGGUGCUGUAUGGGAAAAUCGCCCGGUUUUGACUUCUUAUUUUGUCAUUUUGUUGGUGCUCGUUAUUCUUCAAGUUAUCGCGGCAGUCCUUGCAUUGUCCGACUCUCAUAAUGUUGAAUCAGUUCUCGAUAAAGCUUGGCAAGCUGCUUAUGACAGUCAUCCCAAACUUAUUCGUGAUAUUGAAGAUGAGUAUUCUUGCUGUGGAUUUAAAGAUGUGCUGGAUCGAGCAGUACCAAAAAGAACACCGAGUGCAUGUGUCGAUAGUUCUUGGUUUGGAUAUGACAUUCCCUGUUACGAUAGCCUAUACCGCUCUUAUAAGCAUCAUCAGACUACGCUUGGCGUGUGGGGAAUAAUUCUCGCAAUUGUUCAGUUUUUGGCUUUAGGAUUCGCAUAUAUUCUAAUCACAUGUCUCCCAAAAGACUCUGAAUUAGAACGCGAAUACAGAUCGGAACACGACCGUCUUGUACAAGAAGGUCGUGGAAGACGAGAACAACAACAUAACCCUCAAUAUUAUCAACGACAACAUGGACAGCCACAACCUGCGCCUUAUAGUGUUGGAUCGAGUGGUCGUCCAUUAAAUACCUCUUAUGGAAGUACCACUACUUCGUCUUAA